CAUGAUGAGCGGAUCACACCUUGUCACAGUUUUGUAUGUGGCUGCAGUCCAGACUACAAAGCGACACAGACGGGAGUUCACUCAUUCAGCUCUGAUCGAGGAACUGUGACUGUACUGUCAGGUGAUUUUUCAGCUGUUGGAGUAUGACAGUAAGCAACUACACAACCGUAGUGAAAUGCUGAUGUGUGUAUGAGUAACACAGAACAAAGUUGCUCCACGUUGGUGAACGUAGAAUAAAUGGACUUUGCACUGUGAGCAGAGGAUGAUGAAUGUGUCUGCAGAGCUCGGUUUGUUGGCAGGUUUGAUUCUGACUGUGGGCUUGACUUUGGGACUGGGGCCAAACCAGAAUGUGGAAUUUACAUUUCUGUUACCUGCCGGCAGAACAGAGUGUUUUUUCCAAACCACCGUGAGGAAUGACAGCAUGGAAGUUGAAUACCAGGUGAUCGCUGGGUCAGGUCUGGAUGUUGGCUUUACCCUCAUCUCACCCAGUGGAUUCCGGCUGGUCUCGGACUUCAGGAGAUCUGACGGCAUUCACACGGUGGAUGCCACAGAGGAUGGAGACUACCGGUUGUGUUUUGACAACAGCUUUAGUAAACUGUCAGAGAAGAUGGUGUUCUUUGAGGUGAUCAUUAACAGUCAGAGCAGCGCUGGUGGAGGCCGAGACGACUGGGCAGACGUGGCCCUGGAAGAGAGUGUGGUGGAGUACAAACUGGAGGACAUCAGGGCGGCGAUGGACUCUGUGUACCAGCGCCUGGAGAGGACCCGCCAGGUCCAGACUCUGCUGCGGGCCUUUGAGGCGAGGGACCGCUACCUUCUGGAGGACAACCUGUGGCGGGUGUCCUUCUGGUCCUGCCUCAACCUGCUCGUCAUGAUUGCAGUCUCAGCCACUCAGAUCUACAGCCUGCGACGCCUCUUUGAUGACACCAAGAGGGUCCACACAUAGCCACAAAACUGUUCUACUAAGCUCCAGCCAGGAGAGUGCACAACCCACCUGAAGAACCUUGAUUGACAGGUGCUUGGUGAGCUGAAUUUAAAGGGAUAGUUCACUCUUUUGGGAAACAGAGUCACCAAGCACUGGAAACUGUUAUGUUGCAGCCAAGGGUGUUUGUGCAAUGCCUGAAAAUCACAUUUACAGCACUGUAAUAUGCACACACACACGCACAGUAUACAAAUAAAAUAUUCAUGAGUACACA